CCGCGUCCGCGUCGUUUGGAGCCGCGACGCUGAACAUGGCGCGUUCCUAGAAGCCGCUUUCGGCAUCAGUAGGCGGCGGCGUGUGGACUGGAAGCGUGAGGCGCGGGACCAACCGACUUCGCUUCGUGUUGGGGACUGGAAGCGGGAGAGCCGGGGUAUUCCGGACCGAACCAAACGGUGUCCAUGGAUCUCAAUAGUGCCAGCACUGUUGUUCUUCAGGUCUUAACACAGGCCACCAGUCAGGAUACUGCUGUAUUAAAACCAGCAGAGGAGCAAUUGAAACAGUGGGAGACACAGCCAGGUUUCUAUUCAGUGUUAUUGAAUAUUUUUACAAACCACACUCUGGAUAUAAAUGUAAGGUGGCUUGCUGUGCUAUAUUUUAAGAAUGGAAUUGAUCGUUAUUGGAGACGUGUAGCACCUCAUGCUCUCUCGGAGGAGGAGAAAUCUACGUUGCGUGCAGGGCUAAUCACCAACUUCAACGAACCAGUAAACCAGAUUGCAACUCAGAUUGCAGUGCUGAUUGCAAAAGUUGCUAGAUUGGACUGUCCUAGACAGUGGCCUGAACUCAUUCCCACUCUUAUAGAAUCUGUGAAAGUCCAAGAUGAUCUUCGACAGCACAGAGCAUUACUUACCUUCUAUCAUGUUACCAAGACUCUGGCUUCCAAACGUCUGGCUGCUGAUAGGAAAUUGUUUUAUGAUUUAGCUUCUGGAAUUUAUAAUUUUGCCUGCUCUCUGUGGAAUCACCAUACAGACACAUUCCUUCAACAAGUUUCUUCUGGGAAUGAAGCUGCAGUUCUAAGUUCAUUAGAACGAACUCUGCUGUCAUUGAAAGUGCUGCGUAAAUUAACUGUUAAUGGAUUUGUGGAACCUCAUAAGAAUAUGGAGGUGAUGGGUUUUUUACAUGGAAUAUUUGACCGUCUGAAACAAUUCCUGGAAUGCAGUAGAAGUAUAGGUACAGAUAAUGUAUGUAGAGACAGACUGGAAAAGACCAUCAUUCUUUUUACUAAAGUGCUUUUGGACUUCUUGGAUCAGCAUCCGUUUUCAUUUACUCCUCUAAUUCAGAGAUCACUGGAAUUUUCUGUAAGCUAUGUAUUUACAGAAGUUGGUGAAGGCGUUACAUUUGAGCGAUUCAUUGUUCAAUGCAUGAAUCUUAUUAAGAUGAUUGUAAAAAAUUACGCUUAUAAGCCAUCCAAAAAUUUUGAAGACAGCAGUCCUGAAACUUUAGAAGCACAUAAGAUCAAGAUGGCAUUCUUUACAUAUCCCACUUUGACAGAGAUAUGCAGAAGAUUAGUCUCUCAUUAUUUUCUGUUAACUGAGGAAGAACUGACAAUGUGGGAAGAAGACCCAGAAGGCUUUACAGUGGAAGAAACAGGGGGAGAUUCUUGGAAAUACAGUUUGAGGCCUUGCACUGAAGUACUAUUUAUAGAUAUAUUCCAUGAAUAUAAUCAGACUCUUACUCCUGUACUUCUAGAAAUGAUGCAAACACUUCAAGGGCCCACUAAUGUGGAAGACAUGAAUGCACUAUUAAUCAAAGAUGCUGUGUAUAAUGCUGUUGGAUUAGCAGCUUAUGAGCUGUUUGACAGUGUUGAUUUUGAUCAGUGGUUUAAAAACCAACUUCUUCCAGAAUUACAAGUCAUUCACAAUAGAUAUAAGCCAUUGCGACGCAGGGUGAUUUGGCUCAUCGGUCAGUGGAUUUCUGUGAAAUUCAAGUCUGACUUAAGACCCAUGUUAUAUGAGGCAAUUUGUAACUUGCUUCAAGAUCAAGACUUAGUGGUCCGUAUCGAAACAGCAACAACACUGAAGUUAACUGUUGAUGAUUUUGAAUUUAGAACAGAUCAGUUUCUGCCGUAUUUGGAAACCAUGUUCACACUACUUUUUCAGCUGCUGCAGCAAGUUACAGAAUGUGACACAAAGAUGCAUGUUUUGCAUGUCCUUUCCUGUGUGAUUGAAAGAGUAAAUAUACAGAUACGACCGUAUGUAGGAUGUUUGGUACAGUAUUUGCCUCUUCUUUGGAAGCAGAGCGAAGAACACAAUAUGUUGAGAUGUGCUAUUCUGACAACACUUAUUCAUCUUGUUCAGGGAUUAGGAGCAGACAGCAAGAACCUGUACCCUUUCCUGCUCCCAGUUAUCCAACUGAGUACAGAUGUUUCCCAGCCUCCACAUGUUUAUCUUCUGGAAGAUGGUUUAGAAUUAUGGUUAGUGACUUUGGAAAACAGCCCAUGUGUUACACCGGAGUUGCUUCGCAUAUUUCAGAAUAUGUCCCCCCUUCUUGAACUAAGUUCAGAAAACCUCAGAACCUGCUUUAAGAUCAUCAAUGGUUAUAUCUUUUUAUCAUCAACAGAAUUUCUACAGACAUAUGCAGUAGGUCUAUGUCAGUCCUUUUGUGAGCUGCUAAAGGAAAUUACUACAGAAGGUCAAGUUCAAGUGCUCAAGGUUGUGGAAAACGCCCUUAAAGUGAACCCAGUAUUAGGUCCACAGAUGUUUCAACCAAUUCUACCCUGUGUUUUCAGAGGUAUUAUAGAAGGAGAGAGGUAUCCUGUCGUGAUGUCAACAUAUCUUGGCGUUAUGGGUCGAGUCCUGCUACAAAAUACUAGUUUUUUUUCUUCGCUUCUUAAUGAGAUGGCACAUAAAUUUAAUCAAGAGAUGGAUCAGCUUUUGGGAAAUAUGAUUGAAAUGUGGGUUGAUCGAAUGGACAACAUUACGCAGCCUGAAAGAAGAAAACUUUCAGCUUUGGCUUUGCUUUCUCUUCUGCCAUCUGAUAAUAGUGUCAUCCAAGAUAAAUUCUGUGGGAUUAUAAACAUCUCAGUGGAAGGCUUACAUGAUGUCAUGACAGAAGAUCCUGAAACAGGAACUUACAAAGACUGUAUGUUAAUGUCUCAUCUUGAAGAACCAAAAGUAACAGAAGAUGAAGAACCACCCACAGAACAGGAUAAGAGAAAAAAAAUGAAAAACUCAACAGACCUAGUAAAAGAAUUGUAUUUGGCUGUCACUGAUAAGCUGGCUCUGAAGGACCCGGUGCACACAGUGUCGCUGCAGCAGUUUAUCUACGAGAAGCUGAAGGCGCAGCAGGAGCUCCUGGGAGAGCAAGGCUUCCAGUCCCUCAUGGAGACCGUGGACACGGAGAUCGUCACCCAGCUGCAGGAGUUUUUGCAGGGUUUCUGAGAGCAAGUGGCGUGUGGCUGCCUCCCCUUUCUGAAACAAGCCACGGACCCCAGCCUGCCAUUGGUGUGUGCCAGCCUGCUGAGAGGAUGAAGAACUCCCUCGUGUAUGCCUAUAAAGAAGUGAAGACCAUACAUUUUUACUACCAAAAUGAGUGAAUAAAUGUAAAUCCCGCACAACUAAAAUCACAAACCUAUUCCUCAAAAGAAUUUAAUUUUAUAUUUAAGAGGGGCCCCGUGUUUACUAGAUAUAGAUUUGAUGACACUAGCUGCUUAGUUUUCUGUUAAGAGAAGACACCGUUUGAUUACCUUUUAAUCAUGUGCUCUUAACGCUUGAGAAGAUGAAGGUUAAUGUCUGCUCUGUUUUUCUGCAACCAGAAGUAUUAAUUUGGCUGCUGUAUCCCUUUUUUAAGCUAAUGAAACUGCAAGUUUGAAAAAUGGCAAAGCUGUUCAGAUGAUGCAAUUAAAGAAGGGUGUGCACCGGGCAAAAAUAUAUAAAUAGUGCAAAUAUAUAUUACUAAGGUUAUCUUGCAAGGGAGUUGCUUUCAUCUGACGUAGAAAAUGUGUUUUAUCAAAUGCUUUUAUUUUCAUUUUAGUAAUUGGAUACAAAAAUUAGUGAAGGGAUUUUUUUCCUCGUUUUAUUUUCAGAAAUUACCUUUAGUGUUUAAAUGCAUCUCGUAAGGCCCGCGGAAGGGAACCUGUGGUACUGCGGCCCCGGGGGAGACCUCUUCCCCCUCUGUUCCUCCCGGAGGCCGGGAGCGCCGACAGCAGCCGGCCACCCCACACGCCGUUCUGUGC